AUGAUCGAGACUACUCCCGAAAAUGAAACCUUUAUGCUCCCAUCAGUUCUUCCCCAGCCUGACACAAGGGAGAUUACUAAGCCACUGAAACAGGCAUUGGAAGGAGCCCUGUGUCGCUCCUUCAGUCUCAAUGGCGACUCCUCCAAGGAGUUCCUUCCCGAGCCUGACAUCAACCGGAUCUUUUCCGAGGAGUCGAUGCUAGGGGCUCUCCGCGCUUCCUACCCUGGGGCCGACUUCAUGCGUCGGCUCUAUGCCUCCACAAUCUUCAAGGAGAAGACGUACCACAAGACCUUUGCCAUCCUAGCCUUGAUCGACCGAGUCGAUGCCAUCAUAGCCUUCCGAGAGAAUCGUCUCGGUGACGCGCAGCUCCCGUUGGCAUUGGCUCCUACAUCGGGAGAAAAGACGAGCACCUUGGUACGAUCCAUGGCUACCCGGUCCAGCUUUGAUCUAUCCCUGAUGGGACUCAGUCACUACGAGUCGAUCCUCUUCGAGGAGACGCAGUGGAAGCUUCUGGCGCCUGUGUUUGCGCGAGCUGAUCUUGACGGCGAGCCCCGCGUAUUCCCAGGGGAUACGAUCCUGCCAUUCGUCAUGCCAGACUCUCCUCACGGAAUCCAAGGGCCUCGCAAUGGUUGCAGCAACAACUCCCGCAUAUACCAGGCCCACCUUCAUGACGGGCAUCACGACUUUCCCGUCUCCACAGUCGCAGUCAAGCAGCUUCUGAACGCGAGACCAGAGGACUACGCUCGCGAGGUGGAAGCUCUCAAGACCUUUGGCGGCCCGGAUCAACCCCAUGUUAUUGAGCUACUUGCCACCUUCAAGUGUGGGGGUGCCUAUUACUUGGUGACUCCCUGGGCCGAACACGAUCUUCAUGACCUCUUCACCGAACCGCCAUCCUCUUUGUCUUGUAACUCGGCCAGCGCGGUGAAGCCUUCGACCUUGACCGCGAAGCAGAUGCUUGGUGUUGCCGAAGCCUUAAAGGCGAUCCACUACUGCCGACUGAAAAAGCGCUCCAGCAAGAGAGACCACGACAAGGCUGAGGGACUUGGUGGGAGCUACCACGGCGACAUCAAACCCGAAAACGUCCUCGUCGAAAACGGGCAGUGGAAGCUGGCUGACUUUGGCUUAUCCCGUAUCGACCGUGGGACAGAUCCCUUACAGGGAGACAAACCUGCAGGCUUUUCACCGACGUAUCGUGCUCCAGAGCAUGAUGUUGGCAAGUUUAAUGGUCAAAAGGCAGAUAUCUGGUCUCUUGGCUGCGUCAUGAGCGUAGCUGCUACGUGGAUGACUCUGGGCCUCAAGGGGGUGAAGAAGUUCAGCGCCAGUCGCCAGACGAAGGCCGGCAAACGUUUCGACAACUCCUUUUUUGAGGUUUCCAGAGACCAAGAAAAGGGAACUAGAGUCAAACUCAAGGCCGCUGUCUCUCACACUUGA